GCGAGUAGGCUUCAGCAGCUGGCAGGCGAGCGGCCGAGCGCUGUUAGCGGUUUCGCUGCCGCUCCGGCCUGCUGCUCCAGGGCGCAGCCAUGAGGCGUCCCCGCGUGCCCGACUCGGCUCAGUAAAGUUCGCUCAGGAUGGAGCUGCCCGGCGCUUCACUGCAGAAGGCUUGCCGCCUGCUUGUGGUCUUCUGUGCCCUCCACCUCUCGGCUAUGCUCUUCUACUACCUGAGGGGCAACGCGCUCGUUCAGCAGCGGAGUCCGGAGCCGCCGCCUCGCAGCCAAACCUUCGGCCGUCGGGAGUCGGAGCCGCACCUCCUGGCCAAUGUCUCCAAGCCCGCCGCGGAUUGCCCCGACCCUUCCCCUUUGCUGUUUGGUCCACUGCAUGUGGAGUUUUCACAAGUUGUGAAUCUGAAGAAUGUGGAGAAGGAAAAUCCAGAACUCAGGGAAGGAGGCCGCUAUACACCAAAGGACUGCAAAGCACUUCAGAAAGUGGCAAUUAUUAUCCCUUUCAGAAAUCGAGAUGAACACUUGAAAUACUGGUUGUUUUACCUGCAUCCAAUCCUGCAAAGGCAGCAGCUCGAUUAUGGUAUCUAUGUGAUUAAUCAGGAUGGAGAAGAAACAUUUAAUCGUGCAAAGCUUCUGAAUGUAGGCUUCACAGAAGCAUUGAAAGAAUAUGAUUAUGACUGCUUUGUAUUUAGUGAUGUUGACCUAAUCCCGAUGGAUGACAGGAAUAUCUAUAAGUGUUACAACCAGCCCAGGCACCUCUCUGUAUCUAUGGAUAAAUUUGGAUUUCGCUUACCUUACAAUCAGUAUUUUGGAGGUGUGUCUGCUUUAAGUAAGGAGCAAUUCCAAAAAAUCAAUGGGUUUCCCAAUAAUUAUUGGGGCUGGGGUGGCGAAGAUGAUGACAUUUAUAACAGAUUGGUUUUUAAAGGCAUGGGGAUUUCUCGCCCAGAUGCUGCGAUUGGAAAAUGUCGAAUGAUUCGCCACAUGAGGGACACUAAAAAUGAGCCCAAUCCACAGAGGUUUAACAAAAUUGCUCAUACAAAGGAAACAAUGAAAUCUGAUGGCCUAAACUCUCUGACUUACACCGUAAUAAAAACUGAUAAAUUUCAAUUAUAUACAAAAAUCACAGUGGAUAUUGGAUCACCAAAAAGCUAGUGUGGCAGAAAUGCAAUAGAAGACUUAGAAUACCCAACGAGUGACAAUUCAACUGUUCAGCAUUCUAUAAAUGCUUUUAUGCAAUCAACUUGAAAGAUGGACACCUGUUUUGUCAUCCUGAGAACUUGCAGUUGGCAAGACAAAUGAGAAUUUUAACUCCAAAUUUCGCUGUAUAUUUUUUUUCUUCAUUUUUUAAACACUUUAUAAACAAUAAAUAGAAGUUGUAAAUAUAUGAAUUUUCAGGGAAUGGUUGGAGACUUAGGUGCUCAAUCCCCCUGGAAGUUCUCCCAUGAAAGCGUCACAAAAAAGAAUGAAAGUUGUAUUAAAGCAUUCUUUCUUUUUUUUUCCCUUUCCAAAAAGCUCUCUUUUAUGCCAGGAAGCUAACCUAAGAAGGAUUCCUAGUGGAUAGAGGCCUGUGUAUUUGAUAGGCAUUCUCUCCACUUUAAAAUAAUGAGGGUCACAGUUUGGGAAUGUUACUGUUUCCAAAUUGUGAGGUGUUCUGCAGUGGUAAGUCAUUUCCCUUUCUUCCUGCUUUUUUCCCAAUUUAAUUUAAAAAUUAGAUCACUGUAUGAAAAUUCACUGCCGUGGGUACAGAUGGAAGGAUUGAAAAAUGCUGCUAAAGUGGUUUGAGUUUACAUACUUUGAUUUAUCUUCCCCAAAUCUUGUCAAAAUUGUUCCUUCUUGUCUGUAACCUUCUGUGGGGUAAAGAGGAACUAGAAACCUCAAAACAAACAGCUUUGCAUUCUGUUCUGCUGGCAUGGAGAUUUAAAUAAGGCAGGCCUCUUUGCCCAAAAGUGUAUCAGCAAGCCAAAAUCUUGAAACCAUGGUGCUUGCUUAAAAACUGGACCAUCAGCCCAGUUUUUACACUGGGCUCACUGCACUAUGGGGUGAAAGUAUGAGUGAAAUGUUUUCAUCCUAUCUGAUUUCAUGCAAAAAUCAAUCAUGUUAGGUUGCUAAUUGAAGCUUCCUAAUUUUUGCUGGAUUUAAUUGGAUGAUUGUGGAGAAGUCAGGUUAAAAUAUGCACUAUAACCCAGAUCACGCAGCGUUCCUUCCCUAAGGUAUAGAAAGGAGAAAGCGUGCGUCCCAAGUCUGACACUCAGGGUUAACGCAUUGUGGUGUGACUUGUGAAUAUCAACUUCAAAGGCACAAGGGAUGCUGAUAGGUGGAAGGCACAGUUCAUGGGUUGGUCCACAGAGGCAGAAUAUUGAUAGGCCAGCAAUACAUAAAUCUUAGCUUGCUUAUGUGCUGUUGCUAUUUGAAAAUGAGCCACUUCUAGAAAGGACAAAGCCUGUGUGUAAUGCUCAAACAGAUGGCCUGCAAAACAUCUGUUUUGGAAUUAAACUGAACAUUGUAUUUAUUCAUGUGAGAAACAUCUCUGUUCCUGUGGAACACUGAUGGGGUCUCUCCCAAGCUAAUUCUGCAAAGUUGUCCUUGUCUUAAGAACAGGAACUGGGAAAUACGAAUAUUUGGCAAGAGUGAGACAGCUUUUACUCUCCAACUGACCAGAACUUGUCAACUCCGAGUCAGUCUGCUGGGAUUUCCUCGUCCAAUGGGAAGUUAUGCUUCCAGAUUUUCUCUAAAUACAGCUGGUGGAGGGAGCCAUUCAGUUUCCAGAUAAAAAAAAGCGCAAAGUUCUUGCUUAGUUAAAACAUAUAGAUGGGGCUCAGUCUUCCAACAAAAUUGAGAGGAAGAAUAUUCUAAGCCUAUUGGGACCAUUUAUUGCCUGAGUUGGUAUGUUUACGUGUGAUAUUGGGAUGUAAACCCUACCCAGGUGGUGGUAGGAGCACAGAAAUGAAAGUUGCCCCAGGGACUAGACUCUGUAGUGAAGUCAAACCUUUUUGUGGGCAAAAAGUAACGACCACUUCUGGUUGUAAGCAAUAUGCUGCUUGCAAGGAAUACGGCCAGGCAGAGGUAAAUGAUAACCUGAAGAUUUGGGGUGCACUAACUAGUUUAUCAGAGACCGUCUAUGGAAGUGGGGAGGACUUUUUAACUUCCUUUUUGGUCUACCUGGCAAAAUUGUAGCAGAGAGGUGUGCCAGUAACUAGAGCAUAAUCUCUAAGAUAAGAGAACAGUUCAAAUGGAAUUUCUCAGAGAAGCCCAUUCUUGAUACUGCAAAACAAACUCGGUCCAACUAAGGACCAGUAUAUUGCCAGAUUGCCUUACAUGUGAAUGGAAAGUUUUGUUUCAUUUUCUACUGCUCUAAUGCAAUCUUUUUCUUACUGGAGCGUGGCAAAUACUUUGCAAUUCUGGUUUUAUAAAGUGCCUUUUGGUUUUUAAAAAUGAUUUGUCAGGAAUGUUUACUAUUGUAAAAGCCUAAAUGUUACAAAAUGUCAAACAAAGGUAUAUUUUCUCAGUGUUUUGUGUAAAAAACUUGAAAUUUGCUGCUGGGUUUUACUGUUAAAAAUAUUACAGGGGAAUAGGGCUAAGGCAACUGCAGCAUAAAAUGACAUGUUAGUAUCAUUAAAUUAGCAUAAGUGGCAGGCAAUAUCAUGUUUUAACGAGAUUUGAUUUAUAGAAUCAGCCUUUACAAGAAUGUUCAGUUUGCCUUACAAAUAUAUUCAUCUCCAUGUCUGAAGAAUCAUAAAUUAUGACUUGUUGGGAUGUUGUCAUUUCUCCCACUCCAUUAUGAACUGUUGAUGAAGACAAUGAAGCAUGCCUUGAGGAUCAAAGUAGAAUUUGCAUCCCAGAACUCAACAUCCUUGAUUUUUACUUUCAAAAAUACAUGCUUUUAUGAGAACAUUUCCAGUGAUUUCCUUCUAUAAAAGGAGUAGCCUCCCAACAGCUUCAGCAUUUUUAUUAUCAAGCAGAUCCUCUCCAGUGAUUAGGGACCUGCUCAGAACUCACAUAUUUUCAGGGAAGAGAUAACUUUCAAGUUUGGCUUUCUCCUGUAUGUGCCCUUCCUUUUUUUUUUUUUUUAUGGAGGCAAAAUAAUUCGUUUUAAGAAAGUAUCUUGGAGGAUUGUAAUAUUCACAUCCCUCAAUAGUCAGGGAAAGGAAAACCUACUUUCUAUCCUUCCGACCAUCCAUAGCUUUUCAACGCCACUUGUCCAACUGCAUCACCAAAGGAAACCAUUCCCAGUUCAUUUCAAUCAGCUUUUCAUAACUGGUCUGCUUCAAAUGUGUGUGGGGCACGUUUGACAACUCAAGGACACCAAAUUGGCCAAGGUGGUUUUUGCUGCUUACAAUAGAAGAGAAUGUGCACGUUGGCCUCCAGUUUACUCAUGUCUGAAGCAAUCCCUGAAAUAGAGCAGAGGCGCUCUCCCCGUUAUCUCAUUGGAAGCUAUGUGUUUCCUAACUUCUCAAGCACAUUGGCAGCCAGUUGUGUACCAGACGAAAGGUAUUGUGUAUAGCUCUUGGUAUAUGACAUUCUUAAAUUUUAGACUAUGGAGAAAGUUGAAUGGGAGAAGCAAUUGGCUUCUUUAUGCCAAUUGCUUCCCUUUUUGUUCCUUUUACCACAUGGAAGCAAAUGGCCAAAAUAAGCAACCCACCAUUAUUGGAGCAAGGGAUCCCUUUGUGCUUUUGAGAUGAAACCUCUUUUAAAAAACUCUAAUAGAAAUAUUAAGCUUUUCCCAGAGUGAGAUUAAUUGAGGUAGGAAGGUGCAAUUCCAGAGAGAAGGCCUUUCAAACAGAUAUUGGGUUUUCCAAUGUGAAGAAGCUUCUCCAAUCUGGUUAUCCCCAGAAACAUCAGGAUACAACUCCCAUCAUUCUUGUCCAACGUCCUUAGUUUGCUGCCAUGAAAUCUGGGCUUUAUCAUAACAUGAUAGAACAAAGAGAGACUGGCAGGCAAGAAUUAUCUCUUGCUCUUAUUUCACUACUCUUGCUUGAUUUCUGAAGUGUAUGUGACUGUAGUUAGUUAUCUUUUACUGCCAACUUUAAUUUUUUUUAAUGUUCAGAUCCAAAUGCUUAAUUUCCCCUUGCUGUACUGUGCUAUCCUUUUAAGGUAAGAAAUGUGCCAUCCUUUUGAGGCAAGAAAAAAGUUUCUAAUCUUAGGCAGACUGACAACAAAGAAGCAAUUCUGAUACCACUUACUCAAGGCCAGUGUUUCUCAACCUCAGCAAUUUUAAGAUGGGUGGACUUCAACUCCUAAAAUUCCCCAGCCAGAAUUUCUGGAAGUUGAAGUCCAUGCAUUAAAGGUGCUGAAGUUGAGAAAUACUGGUCUAGGUAACAAGCUCUGCAAUUCAGAUUUCCUCUUCUUGUAGCAUUUGGGAAAAAAUUAAACUCUAUUCAAUAUUUCUCUGAACUUGAUAUGUUUCUAAAAUUUUCCUUGGUUUCUCCAGCUAUAGAAGCAGGAGACACAAUGUUUAAUUGUCUGCAUUAGCAUUAGCUUUAUCUGUAGACCUGUAUUUGGGGCUCACAUCCAUCUGAGUCUCUGUUGCUGGGAAAACUGAAUUUGUGAUGUAAGUUAAAUGAAUUUUAAGGUUAGGGUUUUCUUCUAUAUUCUUUACUACACAACAGCUCCUAAUGGCCUUAACAAUUUCAUGUACCCUGUAAAUAAACACAAUCUCCCUCCCAACCUCUUUUGGAAAUUAUAGAAAUGAGAAGCUUUUGUAGACAUUUUAGAAUUAGAUUAACCAUUCUUAGUCAAAACACAAGCAUGAAAAAUUACAAAUCAAAAUGAAGGCUGAAAUCCUGUAACAUUCUGAGAACUUCUAACUGAAUACAGAUGAUAUUUACAGCUUGUCAGGGUUAAUACGUUACAUUAGACUUUGGUCAAACAAAUUUGAGAUGUAGUAUAUAGUCCGCUCCAGUCACUCAGUUCAUUAUGAGGACCACAUUUCCAUGGCAACAAUAUUGAAGUUAUUUGCCACUGCUUUCUUCCUGGGAUUUUAUUUCAACUGUUGAAUUUAAACUCUAGUUUUGUAAGGAUUUCCUUGUGGUGUCCCAUUCAAAUGCUAAUCAAGUACUGCACAUUUCUGCUUUUCUGAGAUCAGUUGACUUUUGCCCACAUUCUGUUCUCUGCUGUGAAAAAACGUAAUAUAAAACCUCCCAGAGCCUUUUAAUUGAAAUAAUAUAGUAGGCUGAGUUUACAAGGUACAAGUUGUGAUCUAACUUUUCAUUUACCAUUUCCUAUUUUCACUAGACACGUGGAUGCCUUUUAAAAAUCAGGCUCAACUUCCAAUAUGGAUACAGCAAAUAGGUUUUCUAGCCUAUAAAUACACAUUCCAGCAAGCAACUAUUAUGUUAUCCAUUAUACAGCACAUCUUAGACAUGUGCUUACCUGUAUGUAAGCGUGUGUGACUUGGAUGUGCACAUGAAAAUCAGAGGAAAUUGCCAUAGAAUCUUAUUCAAUAACCUGGUUAUAAUCUUCAAGGUGUUCGAGAGAAGUGCCUUAAAAUAUCUUGGGGAGUGAUGGGGUAAAGGGAUAAACUGUUUGCUCAGUUACUUUAGCAUUGCUGUGGGUCAUUUUUGCCUUUCCAGAAAACAGUAUGAAAGAAAUAAUAAAAUAAAAGAAAUGUACAGUAACUACAAUGUUUCUGCUGUUGUAUUUAAUUCCUUGAUGUUUCUCCUCUUAUUUCUUGUGAUUGCAUUACAAAUAGUCAGCUAACAUUUCUGUUUAAUCUGUGAAUCAUCAGAACAUACGGACUUUUGUUCUGUUUUCACUUUGCAUGUGUGGUGUGUGAAGAUACUUGAAUAGCAAAUGGGAAAUUGGUAUGUCUUCUUAUCCCACUGGCAAUUCUAAUUCAAACAAGGUCGUCUUCUAAAACUAUUUUUUAGUCUGACAUCCAAGGCAGGGCAGCCAAGCUUUUCCCUGCACCGCUUAGUCAUCUAGCAGUCCUGGAUCCUGCAGGAAGACGACAGCUCAUUCCCCUCCUUCAUUUUGGAUUGAUUAUAGGGUGGAGAGUGGAGAAGCCCACUCUGGCUGUUUUCAGGGGAAGGGCUCCUGCAGCUACCAACUAAACCAAAACCAGUCUUGUGAAAAGCAGGAUGUGCAAUGUCCUUUUCAUUUAUUGCAAUUAAAUGGCACAAAGCAAAAAAUAAAAAUAGUGAAAGUCAUGAUUAUGGUUAUAUUUUCAGCUAUUACAAUAAUCGCGGUCCUAAAUGAUAACCAAAACACUCAUUUCCACAACCAUUUGUAUGGCUAGGUGUCACUGUCUGUGUUCCCUUCUAUAUUUAUUUUAUCCAGACAUCUUGCAAUCCUCGCAGUAAAGUCUGCCAGCUGGUAUAUUUUCAGAGCAACUUCAUGUGGAUCCACUGCCUGGAUCUGUGUAGACUCCACAAUUACAUACAAUUACAUACAGGUAGUCCUCAACUUACGGUCACAACCGAGUCCACAUUUUCUGUUGUUAAGUGAGAUAUUUGUUAAGUGAGUUUUGUCCCAUUUUAGGACCUUUUUUGCCACAGUUGUUAAAUGAAUCACUGCAGCUGUUAAAUUAGUAACAUGGUUGUUAAGUGAAUUUGGCUUCCCCAUUGACCUUGCUUGUUAAAAGGUGGAAAAAAGGGAUCAUAUGACUCGGGACACUGCAACUGUCAUAACUAUGAGUUGAUUGCUAAGCAUUUGAUUUUUGAGCACAUGACCAUGUGGAUGCUGCAAUGGUCAUAAGUGUGAAAAAUGGUCACAAGGAACUUUUUUUAAUGCUGUUGUAAUUUUGAAUGGUCACUAGAUAAACUGUUGUAAGUCAAGGACUACCUGUAUUUAAAUGUAUCAAUAGAAAAAAAGUGUGUGCAUGUGUAUGUGUCUAUGCCUAUACAUAGUCAGCUGGCAUUCUGCACCUAAAACAUUUUAUUUCCUAUGACCUCUCUGAACUGUGCAAACUGAGCAAAAAUGCACCUCCCAGCACAGAGUCUAGCUGUAAAUGGAAUGGUUUGGAGGAAAAAAAAUUUGAACUACAGAGUGAUAAUUUAUCUUCUAUUGCUAGUGCCUCUCCUCCUGGGCCCGAGUGUAGGAAUGGGAAGGUGCCACUACAGGAAUGUUUUCCAUAUGAUUCCUGGCUGUACUCUGGAUCAGGAUCUUAAAAGAUCCAUUGUGUUGUUUCUUCAGUGCUGGUGAAGUUGUUAUUGGAAAGGCUCGAGUUAUAUGUUGGCAGCUAGUUCCUGAAAGAACCAGUGAACUGUAAAAUAACUCUAUUGCCUAUUGUUUUCAGGACUUGCUGAUCGUUAUGGGUAUAAACAAUUGGUAUUUUCCGCUGAUCAAAUAUUCAUCCAUUCAUUACAGCAUUGUCCCUCUGUUCGCAGGGCUGGGGAAAUUAUUAUUGUUGCCUGUGUUAAUAUGUUAAUAUUGUGACAUUCAUUUAUUUUUUUAAUAUAUUGCUGGCAAAAUAAAAUGUUUUUGAAUCAG